AUGAUCGAUGACGAUGUACCACUACCAGCAGAUCUGUACAUACCUCAUGAACAGCUGAGAGCCAAUCCUAAUAUCAAGGCUGUUCACUUCCCUAUCACUGCGACUACCCCUGAUGGUAAGCCUGGCAUGCUUGUGAAAAUGCAGGAUGUUGAAUACAAGAUGGCAGCAGUGCAUAAGCUUUUCCAGGCUAAGAUGGCUCGGUCUCUAUCAUGCCAUGGUGCUGUGUCAUUGUGGGAUCGCGAGGCACUCGAUGAAGUGUUGUACGAGCAUGAUACUGUGUUCAACGGUGAGGAUAUGUAUAUGGGUUUGACACUUUUGAGGAAGCGUGAUGAGUCUACGAUCAUCUCAUGUGCUCAAACGAUCGUUCCCACGUACGCUCCUGAUACCUGGCCAGUGCUCUUCCGUCAGAGGGUCAAGUCGUGGGAUCUAACAUCGCACAAGAAGACAUUCACGUAUCUGUGGGAGGUCAUCAACCCCCGAUCGUUCUGUCAUGGUGCAUCUUUGGUUCUGAAACCAUACUUCCUUCAAGAGCUUCUUUGCAUUUUAUUGGACUGGUUGCGCGCUUUCUUGCUCUGUGGCUUGCUCUUCCGUGACUGGCUUGGUCUCAUUCUAAUGACUCUUGUCUUUACUGCUCUCCUCUACGUUCAAGUUCUUAUCUUUGAGGUCUUCGUUCUCCGUGAUCGGCAUGAUCUCAGAUCCGGCGUGAUUGAUUUUAUUCUGUUCCCUUGGUAUCGUCUCCAGUCGUUGUUAUUCAGAAUAUGCGCUCUGUGCCAGAACCUAUUGGUUUACAGCCAUCAAAGAAAGAAUGUCAAAAUAGGUGUUCGCGAGCGCAAAAUUCAUGAUAUCCCACCAACUCCACCACAUCCUGAUGUUGAUUGGUUUAGCGUGUGGGAAAACGACGAGCAGGAUUCUCGUACGCAACGAUGGAGAAAGAACGAGGUUGUCAUUGAUGGCCACUGGUUGACUUGA